AGUUAAAAAAAAAAAAGCGUCCGUUCUUUCCCUCAAAGCAAGCAGCUGACGUCAUGCUCUCGAGGCGGUGCCUGGUCGCGCGUGCACACAUCGCCAUCGCUUCCUUCUACGUGCAAUACAUUUCUGUUUCUCAUGUGCACGCGCACGAGUUCCCGUGUACCUCGGUGCUCCGUGUGACCCGGAAGUGGUAGCGGCGGAGAGUGGGGGGCGGAAGAAGAAAGAAGCGUAUACCAAGAGAGAAGAGACCCGUCUCGGUCUAAUUGACUGCCUGGAACCAGGGGGUACCGUGCUUAACCAGGGAUCGAGCGGGACCCCCAUGCAGAGCCUAAGUAACUAAGAUUCAAAAAGACUGUUCAGAAAUAGACAUUACAAUGGUGCUGGACUGACGCCCUAAUGCUGCGGCAGAGGUUAGGAAGAUUAAUGGCCAGAUCUAUUGACCACAUGGUCUUCUAAAGAAGCAAUGGGUAGCUGUUGUAGCUGUCCAGAUAAAGAAUCUUCCUCUCAUAACCGGCAAAAUAGGUUUGAGGUAUUUUUGCAUUUAAAUGUGUCCGUGCUGAAGAGUUGUUUAAUAUGCUUCAAGAGAUCAUGCAGAAUAACAGUAUCAGUGUUGUAGAAGAACCUGUAGUUGAAAGAAAUCCUCAGACUGACCUGGAUGUUCCAAGAACUCCACGCACUCCCACUACUCCUGGUUUUAUUGCUCCAAGUUUACCCAAUGGAUACCCUCGUUACCCAUCAUUUGGAGAUGCUUCUUCACACCCAUCUAGUAGGCAUCCAUCUGUAGGAAGCACACGCCUACCUUCAGUAGGAGAAGAAUCCACACAUCCAUUGCUGGUGCCAGAAGAUCAUGUUCAUACAUAUGUUAACACAACGGGGGUACAAGAGGAUCCAAAACCUAGACCAAGUAUUCCAGCACCUCUGGAGCUGCAACUUUCCAAUGCUGAGGGAAACACAGCUCGGGCUGAGCCCCUUCCCAUUCCAGAUAGAGACCCACAGGUUUUUUUAGAGCCUGAAGGAGUAAAGUUUGUUUUGGGACCAACACCUGUUCAAAGACAAUUAAUGGAGAAAAAGAAACUUGAGGAGCAACAAACUGGUGGAAAGGUUGGCAGUGGCAAUAGUUGUGUUAAUAGCACAGACUGGGAUACUGGUUAUGACAGUGAUGAACGCAGAGAUACACCUAGUAAUAAAAUGGUGUAUGAAAAUGUAAAUGGACUUUCUAUACCAGCUUCAUGUGGGGCAAGAAGGGUACGUAUGGUACCGCCUGUUACUCCUGAUAUUCAGAAUAUUAAUAAUUCUGCCCAGAGGAGAACUGCAUUGAUAAACUAUGAAAAUUUGCCUUCUCUUCCACCUGUUUGGGAAACAAGGAAGCCAAGCAAAGAGGAAGAGGAUACACUAGGACCAAAGACACCAGCCCUGAACGGUUUUCAUAAUAACCUGGACCCAAUGCAUAACUAUGUAAACACAGAAAAUGUAACCGUUCCAUUGAGUGCUCACAAAGUAGAUAUUUCCAGGCGACGUGACUGCACACCUACAGUCUUUAACUUUGACAUCAGACGCCCAAGCUUAGAAAAUCGGCAACUCAAUUACAUACAGGUUGACCUGGAAGGAGGCAGUGAUUCUGACAGUGCUCAGACUCCAAAAACACCUACCACUCCACUCCCACAAACGCCAACUAGACGCACCGAGUUAUACGCUGUGAUAGACAUUGAAAGAACUGCUGCUAUGUCCAAUCUGCAGAAAGCACUGCCACGAGACGAUGGUACUUCAAGAAAGACUAGACACAAUAGUACUGACUUACCCAUGUGAACCUGAAAAGCAUUACUUUAUUUGCACCUUUAUUUCUAGAUACAAAACACAGAAAAGAAGAAAAAAAAUCAUCAUUUUUUUUCUUCAAAUUUUAAACACUAACCCUUUUUUUAUUGACUGAAUUUUACAUGUGCUUUUGUGUAAAGGGAAUAUAUGUAGAGCAGGUACUCAUGUAAUAAGUUUCACUCUACAGUAAUUACAUGUACUGUAUAGCUGCAUUGCCAUUUUUGUGCCUAUCUAAUUGAAUAGACAUUGCAGUAAAAUGGCAGUUUUUUAUUUUUUUCAACAUAUUUUGCCUUUAUUUUGCAUUGACUGUUGUUAUUUUCUGAUGCAUAAUAUGUAUACUAACUGCACAUACAUUUUACUUUUUAGGAUGUCAUUUGCAGUUCAUAUGUGUGAAGUAUAUUCACUGUGUAUUUUUAUACUAACUUUUUAUGUCAGAAAUUUGCCAAAUAUGUCACCAGCAUUUUACAUUGAGGCAUCGGUACGAGUCUGUUUAAGAAUGAUAUUGUAUUAGAGUGCUCUAUUAAAGCCUUACAACAUGCUUUAGUCAAACAAGCAUGUUGCAUUUUGCACGUAAAGCACUGUUCAAACUAUAUUUCCAAAUCCUCACCUGCAUCUUAAUUUCCACUGUGGGUUGUUUGGAUGUAAAGGAAUUUAGUUCUGACUGGUACAAAUUUUAGAUUGCAUUUUGUUGAAUGCAGAAAAUUAAACUUGUAUAAAGACCAAACAUUAUUUCCUGUUUAUCACCUUGUACUAUAUUGUAAGAUUAUUGUAUGUUCUUAAUUUUCAGUCUAAAGUUUUCCUACUUUAAAAUUAUAUAAAUAGUAACUUUUGUAUAAAGAUAGGGUAGUUUUUUUGUUUUUUUAUUUUUCAAGAUUUGCAUUGCCAAACUUUUCAUGUUGCCUUCUAUAAACUGAAUUUAGGUUAAUCUGCACUAAACAUUCCAAGAUACUGUAUUUAAAUUUUACCCUUGCUGUGCUAUGCAUUGUGCAACAUAAUGCAGGGCAAUAUGUUACUGACCAUGUAUUGCACUGAAGGGAUCCGAAGUGCUACUAUGCAGAAAUGUAAUUUCAUCUUUUUUUUCCUUUUGUUUUUCAUCUUGAUACUAGUCAAUAAUUUAAUUGUAUGGUUUGCAUUUUCAGAUACUGACAUUGCUCACCAAGUUGUUCAUAAAAAUAUAUUUUGAUAUUUACAAUAUUGUCACUUCAUUAAUUUCAACAUCAUUUUAUAGCAUGGCAAUAAAAUAUUGCUUACACAGCU